AUGCUCUCGCACCCAUCAACGUUCCUGGCCACAUUGCUUUCCGCGACCGCCCACGCCGCCGUAGAUUUGGAUUGGCACGCUCCAACGCAAACCGACGUCAACAACAUCACCACGGCUUUUGGCGGCAAUGGUGUAUAUGGCUUCAUCUUCAAUUCGUCAAAUACACCGGUUGACAAAUAUGGAACCUACAACUGGUGCAACAUGCCGCACGUGCGCAAGACUGAGUACAUAAAACCAAGUGCUGAUUACAGUCUGAAAUACGUUGAAGUAAUCCAUAGACACCACAAGCGUACACCUUAUGCCAGCAACGCUUUCCCGGUAGAGCCGUACCACUGGGAUUGUGACGACCAGGGACUCUAUUACUACGGUCAGCACCUACCAGCUGGGUCCGGCAAUCUCUCUGCGCACACGUAUUGGGAUGGCUACAACUCAUCCGUCAACCCCUUCGUGCCCUCUGGCUGGAUAGGCUCGUGCCAAUUCCCUCAGAUUACCUCGGGUGGACUCGACGACUCCUGGGCUCACGGUGCCGAUCUGUACGGCGUGUACCACGACCUGCUCGACUUAUUGCCUGAUAAGGAAUCUGGCGAUUGGCAGAGCAAGGUCAAGUAUCGCGUCACCACGAACCAGAUCACCUCGCAAGUGGCCGGGAUGCUGAUCGCGGGCAUGUGGGGCGCCGCGGGUCAAGACAUCCCAUUGCUGGCGCAGGCGAGCACUAUCGACUCGCUAGAGCCAGCAUACAGCUGCGCGGCAGGCAGUGCGCUCUUCAGCAACAUCAAGUCGUCCUCCAACGCGGCGUGGGCCGACCACCUGACCCGGGCCACGGACCUAUACGCGGCAUUGGACGCCGUGUCCGGCGUGCCUGCCGAUGACGCCGGAUUCCACAGCUGGUUCGACCACUACUACGACAACCUGUCCGCGCGGCAGUGCCACGGCAAGCCCCUGCCGUGCAAUGCGACGAGCGGGGACUGCAUCACCCAGGCCCAGGCGGACGAGGUCUACCGCCUCGGCCAGUGGGAGUACAGCCAGAUCUACCGGGACGCGGGGGACUCGCUGGCGGCGAGCGUCGCCACGUACGGGGUCUGGGUCGCGGAGCUGGCAGCGCACCUGCGCGCCGUCGUCGAGGGCCAGGCGGAGGUCGUGUACUGGCAUAACGUCGCGCAUGACGGGAGUCUGAGCCGCCUGCUGAGUAUCCUGCAGAUCGAGCAGAUGGUCUGGCCCGGCAUGGGCAGCGAGGUCGUCUUCGAGCUGUGGCAGAAGAGCGGGGGGAGCGCGACCGCCGCGUCGAGGCGGGAUGGGAGUGGCAGUGGGUUUUAUGCCAGAGUGCUGUUCAGUGGUCAGACGUUGAGAUCGAGUAACCCCAGUCUCGGCGUGUUGGAUAUGGUCCCUGUUGAGACGCUGCUUGCGUAUUUUGAUGGACUAGUGGGCCAGGAUGCUAGUUUAGUCAAAGCGAAGUGUACUGCUUGA